UCAUCCCAGUGUAAGAUGGCGGACCGGCGGCGGCGGCGGCGUCGCGCCUCCCAGGACAGCGACGACGAGGACGGCUCGGGCUCGGGCUCCGGGUCCGGGUCCGACAGCGGCAGGUCGGGGUCUCCCGCCCCGAACAGCAGGGGCCGCGGGGUCCGCAGGACGGGGUCUCCCUCCCCGAGCAGCAGGGGCCGGGACGGCCGGGACCCGGAGAGCCCGCCCGAGGCCGCGGCGGCGGCGGCUCGAGCCGCCCCGGCGGAGAAGGACGUGCAGUCCGAGUGUGAGAGCGAGGACGACGCCGGUGAAGCGGUUCUGUCGGACUACGACAGCGCAGACCCCGAGGACAACGGAUCCCACUCAGAGGGCGUAGAAGAAGAGGGCUACAGCGAGGAGGAGGCUCCAGCAGCAGCAGCCAGCCAGACCCAGACCUCUGCUGACCCCCCCACGGAAGAGGGUCCGGGGGACCAGCAGGACCAGGAGGAUCCAGACCAGGACCAGGACCAGGACCCGGACCAGGACCCGGAUGAGGGGGUGGAGGAGGUGGAGGAGGAGGUGGAUGUGGAGGUGGAGGACGGAGGGGGAGCCGGGAAAGAGGAGAGCAAAGCUGAGGAGAAGGAGAACCUGGCAGGAGAGAGACAGAGUGGAGACGGACAGGAAUCCACAGACGACCCUGAGACUAAAGUCGGGGUGAAACCCGGGCAGCGAUUGGACGAUGACGAGGACCGGAAGAAUCCGGCCUACAUCCCCAGGAAGGGUCUGUUCUUCGAGCACGACGUCCGCGGACACCCGCAGGAGGAGGAGAGGCCCAAGGGCCGGAACAGGAAGCUGUGGAAGGACGAGGGCCGUUGGGAACACGACAAGUUCAGGGAGGAGGAGCAGGCGCCCAAGAGCCGCGAGGAGCUAAUAGCUAUCUACGGCUACGACAUCCGCAACGGAGGAGGUGGUGGAGGCGGUGGUGGGGAGAGAACGUUCCGGCAGCGCCGGCCCAGCAGGCCGACGCCCCCCCACCGAGACCAGAGGGAGAAGCGUUGGGGGGCGGAGCGUCCGGGCCGGUCCUGGCAGGCCCCGCCCCCUUCCAUCCCCCCGUCCUCCUCCUCCUUCCCCCCCCUCUCCUCCUCCCAGCAGCACCGCAGAGCCCCGCCCCCUCGCAGCCGGCCGCCCAAUCAGCACCCGGCGCACCCGGCGCCCGCCCCCCAGUACCGGCGGGACGACCCGGACCAGGCCCCGGGCCCGGCGACCCCCAGGGACCGGCAGGGCCCCCGACAACACCCCGACCUAUCGGGGGAGAGGGGCGUGGCCAGCCGCGGGGGGCGGGGCCACCCGGGGGGGCGGGGCUCCUCCCGGCCGGUUGAUGAUGUCAUCACGGCCAGGGAGCAGCACACGAACUCUGAGCCCAGCGGGUACCGGGCCGACCUGGGCCCUGGCUCCGCCCCCUCCCCUGGCCCCGCCCCCCAGACGCCCGUGUCAUCGGCGCCCUCGGCCCCUCGGGAGGCGUCCCCGCCCCCGGCGGCGGCGGAGCGGCCCGUGGAGAGGAAGUCGUACUCGGCGGCCCGCAGGACUCGCUCGCGGCCCUCGGACCUGGGCAGCAAGCAGGCCUCGGUGGACGAGGCUAACGCCGCUAACGCAGCCCCGCCCGCCGCAGGCUCCUCCCCCAGCAAAGGGGGCGGGGCUAAGAGCUGGGCGGGCGGAGAGGGGGCGGGGCUAGCCGACCUGGACCAGGACGUGGCUCGGCUCAACCUGGCCCGGCAGGGCUGGAGCCAGAACCCCACGUCGUACGUUCGCUCCGAGAUGAGAGGCCUCCCCGCCCCCCCGCUGCACCUCUCCGGGGCUCCGCCCCCUUUCUCCAGCAUGGAGGAGAUGGGCGUCGGCUCCAGCCGGGCCAAGCGCUACUCGUCCCAGCGGCAGAGGGCGGUGCCGGAGCCGGCCCCGCCCCUCCACCUGGGGGUGAUGGAGGGACACUACUACGACCCCAUGUCGUACCAGGGACCAAUCUACACCCACGGGGAAGGCCCCGCCCCCAUCCCGCCCCAGGGCAUGCUGGUCCAGCCGGAGAUGCACCUGCCCCACCCCGGGCUCCACCCCCACCAAUCCGGAGGCCCCAUCACUAGCCCCGCCCUCUACGGCGGCCCGCCCGUCUCCCUGUCGCCGGGGCAACCGCAGCAGCUGCUGCCGGCCCCCUUCUACCCGCCGCCGGGCGUGGUGACGUUCCCGUACCCGGCCAUGUACCCGUCCCCGCCGGUGCACCACGCGGUGCACGCGCGGCAGCUGGAGCUGCUGCCCCCGGGGGGGGCGGGCAGCCACAGCGAGGAAGUGGUGCAGCAGGUGCAGCAGCAGGUCACCUACGGCGGCGUCACCUACUACGACACCAUGCAGCAGCAGCAGCAGCCCAAGCCCUCGCCGCCGCGCCGCACCUCGCAGCCCGUCACCGUCAAGCCCCCGCCGCCCGAGGUGCCCUUCGCCUCCGAGUGACCCGGUACCCGCCCCCCCACCGCCCACGGCCCGGCCUCAGCCCCGCCCCCCGACCCGGCCUGUCCGGAGCCGGGUGGGAGGAGCUACAGGGGCGGGACGCCGCAGAGGCGGAGCCUCGUGGAGGCGGAGCCUCGCCGGCCGACGACGACAACUUUCCUUCUUCCCCAAGCAGCGAAUAUCACGAGCAGCGCCGGGGGCGGAGCCUCGCUAUCACGGGGCGGAGCCUCACUGGCCGGGGGCGGAGCCUCCCCUGACGGGGGCGGAGCCUCGCCGUCGCCACGGAGCCUGAGAUGAUUCCAGAAAUAUUCCAGCUGUUGUAGAUUCCACAAGUUUCUAACAUCGACCGCAGGCCUAAGCCCCGCCCACGCCGUGAUGUCAUCACAGCGCCGCCCCCCCCGACCCGGAACCUCCAACGACCUUGUCGGUCGCCGUCGGCGACGGAGAGAUUUGAUUUAGCGACGUAGCAUCGAGCUGCUGCCUCCGGCUCCGUUUCUGUUUCUGUUUAAACCCAACCAGAGCCGUUUCCAGCUGAACCGGGGGGAGGGGGGGGCAACGGUCGCCAUGGAAACGGAGGACAAACCGUCUUCACUCGUCCCAAACCGACGUCUCGGUUUAAACGGUUUAAAGGUCAGAAGUCAAGAGUCCUACAGAAUAUUCUAGAAGUCACCAGUGAUGUUUCAGGAUGUUUCGGUUCCGGUUAUUUCCGGAGGCCCCGCCCCCAAAACCCCCCAAGACUUUUGUUUUGAAAUGUUUAUUGAAUCUGAAAAUCUAGAAUUUCUUUGUAAACUAAAAAUGUCCUUUAGAAAAUAUUGAAAUUGAAGGAACUAAUGACAGAACGUGUUUUUUUUACUCUCAACUUCAGUUUAAACGUUUAGAAAACGUCACUUUUGUCUAGUUUUGUCCUGGAGACGGUCCUGGUCCUGGUUUAGUCCAGGUUCUGGUUCUAGUUCUAGUCCUGGAGACGGUCCUGCUUCAGGUCCAGGUUCAGGACCUGGUCCUGGUCCUGGUUCUGGUCCUGGUCCAGGACCAGAUCCUGGAGACGGCUCUGGUUCUGGUUCUUGUUUUCUAAGUGUAUUUUUUAAAAGCAGCAGAUUCAGGUUUGUCUUGUUUUGUCCGACAGGAACGACCGUCGUUAUAAAUGUUUUAGUUUAAACUUUCCGUACAGAUGUUUGUUGUUUUGGUGUCUGAUCAUUAAAGUGGUUCCUCUCA